AGAGAACAUAUCUGCUGUUUGCAUGUACAAUAUUCUAGAUAUUAAACAGGUCUUUAAUGGUGAUUACAAGUUAGCAACCGAACCAACACCAAGUCCACGGCCUGGAUCAUGUAUCACAUCUGCAAUCAGAGCACAAGGCUACAAAUCCACAAAUGACCUCCCAUACAAUGUCGUCAUGUUUGAGAUGAAAUACCCAGCUAUGAAAGAGCCUGUGGUGUCUGAAGCCAUUAUAGUCAAGAGAGGCAUCAAGUACACCAAGAUUGCUGUUAGCCAUAUUCAUGCAGCUCAAGAUGUUUUUUCCAUCAUGCUUCUCACAACGGAUCAAGGGGAGGUUCAUAAAGUAGUUCACCGCAACCUCAAGGAAAGUAACAAGACAGAGACAGAGCUCAUCAGUGACACUGUGCAUUUCAAGAAUGAUGAGCCCUUUCAUCAAUUAAAAAUAUAUCAGGUAUAUGUGUUCUGCUGUAGAGAUUUUUUCUUACUCUUUGUCACAUUUGUCUCCUUCCAUGUAAAGUUCUCAGACACUAUCAGAAUCUAA